AUGUCGGAGUUCAAAACACCAAAAGAGGUCAUUUCCGUCUAUGAAAUUGACGAAGCACAACCAGACUCUGGUCCCGCUAUCAGGAGCAAAUUCGACCCACUUACGGGUGUCAGAAGAGGUCUAAAGACGAGGCAUAUCUCGAUGAUGGCCCUUGCAGGUGUCAUUGGCCCAGGUGUCUUCGUGGGCAUGGGUUCAGCUCUACAUUCGGGUGGGCCAGUAGGUCUGAUUGUGGGAUUUUGCAUUGUCGGAUUGCUGGUCAUAGCUAUGAUGAACUGUAUCGGAGAAUUGAACACUAUGUACGAUUUCAACUUCACUAUCCACUGCUCCAGAUGGGUUGAUCCUGGUUUUGGUGCUGCCAUAGGCUGGUGUUAUGUCAUGCUGUGGGCCUGCAAUAUGAUUGCUGAAUAUGUAUCUCUCACUUCCAUUCUUUCCUUUUAUACCGAAAAGGUACCCAUCUACGGUUGGUAUCUGAUAUGUUGGUUUUGCUUCACCAUUUUUCAAACGCUGGGUGUCACAGCCUUUGGAGAGAGUGAGUACGUUUUGGCAAUUCUGAAAAUCAUGUUUCUGAGCGGUGUCUACCUGUUCUCAAUUAUUUUUGCAGCUGGAGGAAUUCCCGACCACUCUCCUGGAAACCCAUUUAGAGAUUAUCCAUUGCCUGACGGUUUCAAAAGUAUUGCCAACUCUUUUGUAUGGGCUGGUGCCUUCUACUCAGGUAUCGAAGCAGUAUCCAUGACUACAUCAGAGGCUGCCAACCCCAAGAAAGCUGUACCCAUAGCUGUGAGACAGACCAUCUGGAGAAUAAUUUUCAUUUAUCUCGGUGCGUCAAUUGCGUACGGUAUUACAGUCCCAUGGAACGACCCACACCUAUCUCUGUCAAACAAAACCAUGAAGGCUCCAGCCACCAUUGCUCUGGUAAAAGCAGGUUGGGCAAAUGCGGGCUAUUUUACCUCAACAAUUAUUCUUGUCACCUGUUUUUCCUCUGUCAACAGUUCCAUCUACCUUGCAAGUAGAUCUCUGUUCAAUCUUGCGACGGAGGGAAACGCACCAAAGAUAUUUUCCAAGACUGACAGGAGAGGUACCCCAUACGUCAGCAUCCAUGCUUGCCAUUUGCUGGGAUUUCUAUCUCUUUUGUCGACUAGCUCGGGUGCUUCUACAGCCUACAGUUACAUUGUCAGUUUGGCAGGUGUCUGUGCUUUCAUAGUCUGGACUGCUAUCGCUGUUGCCCAAAUCAGAUUUAGAAAAGGCUGGUUGGCUAAUGGAUAUCCAAAGGAAGGUAUUAUUUACAAAGUUCCAUUCUUUCCCCUGACAUCGCUCUUCGCUGUUGUUUUGGGAGUCGUGCUUUCCUUGGUUCAAGGAUGGUCUACUCUGAAGCCUUUCGAUAAAGGAGACUUUAUCGAUGACUACAUCAUGCUUCCCAUCUUCUUUAUUGUAUGGGGUGGUUAUUCGUUCUACCACAAAAAGUUCUGGAUUUCAUAUAAAGAUAUGGAUUUCGAGACUGGUAGAAAAGAUCUGGAAAUCACAGAGGAUGAUUUGAAACAUGCCGACGACCCUGAAGUUAAGCCAUCAUUGCUGUCGAAGCUCUGGGCAAUGAUCUGA